AUGGGCGGGGCGGGCAACAUGGUUCUGCCCCCGAACCAGUUUGACAUUGAGGGGUUCUCAAAGGGGCUGGUGGAGGCGGCGACGCGAACCUCUGCCUGGGUGAUCACAGGUGGAACAGCCAGCGGGGUCAUGGAGAUCGUCGGCAAGGCCAUGCGGAAGCAUGACAAGGAACGGCAGGUGCCAUGUCUGGGUAUAACUCCCUAUGGCGCGCUGAAACGAGGUUGGCGCGACCUGAUCUGCUCGGAGGCUGCGUUCGAGGAGAGUUGCCCAGCCAACCCCAAGAAGAUGGAUGCUGCAGAGGCGGAAGGGACCGCCGAAGUCGACGACAAGCCCCUGGCGGCGCUCCAGGAGAACCACUCGCACUUCAUCAUCUGCGACAACGGCAAGGUGGGAAGCCAGGCUUUCGGGACCGAGAUCUCCUUCCGGACGCGCUUCGAGGACCUCGUGGCCAAGGGCGACUGUGAGGAGGCCAUGGGACUGAAGGUCCGCGUGCCACGCGUGAUGAUCCUCCUGAAUGGCGGCAAGAUCUCGCUUGAGUCUUUGGUCCAGGCCAUUCAGACCGGCUGUCCUCUUGUGGUGUGCCGUGGAACUGGUCGCCUUGCCGACGUCAUCUGCCGGGUCUUAGAGAACGACGAGGAGGAUGGCGAGGGGGACCCGAGGUGGAUGACGAAUACCCGGCUGUGUUUGUUUUUCCGGGUGUAUGGUCGCUUCCUAGUGAAGACGAUUUUCCCCCCAAGGCAAUCUGCGGUAAAGGAGUUCAUGCCCCAGGAAGCCAUCGUCCAGAGCGACAUGGUGGUGAUCUACUCCAUCAACGACCGCUUCGAAGAGGUGGUGCUUCAAGCCGUGCUGGGCAACGCCAGCUCUGCGCCGACGGGCCCGUCGCGCGACCUUGAGGCACCCAGCGCAGUCGGGCUCGGGCAGCAGCUGGUGUUGGCAGUGCAGUGGGGCUGCUCCAACUACUACGGCCACCUGGGGCAGAGGCUGAUGGAAAGUGGAGACCCGAAUGGCGCGAUCAAGUUGAUCUUCAAGGAACUCGUGGCCUUCGGCUCGGCAGAGAACGGCCGGUCCAUGACGCCUGUGACGGUGGUGCUCUGGCAAGACAGGGGUAUGGUGCGCAGUGUGCGAGAGAACUCCGGCAUGUUGGUUGCGUGGCUUCUUCAGAACUACCUGAAGCAGAUGGAUCAGUUCGUGGUGAACAGGGACACCCUAGACGUGGCGAUCAACUGGAGCCACGUGGCACAAGAUUCGUGGAGGUCUCUGGAAGGUCUUCUCGUUUGGUCCAUCGAGCAGGAGGCCCCCAGCUCAGUGCUGGAGAUCAUUUGGUCCUACAUGGAGGAUCCCGUUCACGCAGCUCUGGUGGCGGCCUCCGCGUGCCGAGAAACCGCGGAGCGGCGUCAUGGCUCAGCCUCCUACCAGGAUGGCCUGGCCAAGAAAGAGUUGGAGGACUCGGCCGAUCGCUUCGAGCGCCUGGCCAUCCUCGUCUUGGAAGACCUCGCGCAGUCGGGCAAAGGGGUCGAGUACCUUUUCCAGGAGUCGGUCCGAUGGCAAGGGAACCGCAACUGCUUCAAGCUGGCCCACGAGCUGGGUUGCAAGACCUUCGUGUCCAAGACCACCUACCGGCGAGCAGUGGACUUGUAUUGGAUGACCCCGGUGCCCUUCCACAUCCACUUCCGCCAGGGCCAGCUGGAUGCCAAGCUCUUCAGCUGGAGGUCCCUGCUCCGGCUGGGCUCGGACUCCAAGGAGUUCAAGAUCUGCAACUUUGAGCCCUGGCAGUUCUUCUCCAUCCCGUACGUCCAGGCCUGGACCCACGGCAUUGCCCGGUGCCUCUUCGUCGCGCUCUACUCCUAUGCGGUCUUCUACCGGCUCCUGGCCGUGGGCGGCAUCUGCUUUGCAGAGGUGCUGCUGUUCUUCUGGGGUCUGGGCUUUGGGCUAGUAGAGCUUCGACAGCUGGAGACAAAUGGGUUCUACACCUACAUCCAUGACUUUUGGAACAUCCUGGAUACCCUGCACAUCACUGUGCUCCUGUCCGCCUUGGUCCUGGGCCUCUUCCUGUCGGACCAAAGUCGAGAGAUGAACAAGCCCGAGCAGAUAUUGGAGGUGAUGCAUGCCAUGAACCUCCUUCCCUGCUGGCUCAGGGUGCUGCAGGUCUUGCAGCAGUCGGAGUAUUUCGGCACCCUCCUUAUCACCAUCUUCGGCAUGGCCAAGGAUGCGCUAAAGUUCUUCAUCCUGGUCGUUAUUUUUUGCUGCGCCUUUAGCUGCGCUAUCACACCGAUUCUCUUCACACAGAUCGAGGAAAGGGACAACCAGGGGCUGACGUGGGCCUUCUGGACCAUUGUGGGAAGCCUGGAUGAAGCUGCUCUAGCCCAGCUCAAGAGCCUUCCUCCCAUCACGAGGAUGACCGCCACAGUCUUGGUCUACAUCCUGGCGCUUGUCUGCAACGUGCUGCUGGUGAACCUGCUCAUAGCUGUGAUGAACAGCACCUAUGAGAAGCUUGGACCUUGGGAUAUGUUUUUGCUGUUUAAUAUUGUUAUUCAUAUUAUUCUUAUUCUUCUUCUCGGCCCUCGCGUUUAA